CAGAGGCAAGAUGAGUUAUUCACCCCGGAAGCACUGCUUUACCUCUUCUCUUCUUUAGUCCCCGUCGAUUAGUCCCCGUCGAUUAGUCCCCGUCGAUUACCCCCGUCGAUUAGUUCCCGUCGAUUAGUCCCCGUCGAUUAGUGCCCAUCGGUAGUGCCGCCCGUCGACCAGUGCCCAUCCGUGCGGCGCGGCAGCGGCGCAAUGCAGGGCAAGGGGAGCGGCGCAGCGGGGCUGGCGGGCUCCGCGCAGGUUGCGCCUGCGACGGGCCCCGCCGCGACAACCGCUGGCGGGGCUGGCGGAGCAGCAGCUGGGGCGACAGCGAGGCCCAAGAAGCUGUCUAAAGCCGCGGCGGCGGCGGCUGCUGCAGCGGCUGAGAGGCAGGCGGCAGAUGCAAAGGCAGCAGCAGGAGAUGCUACAGCUAUCCCUAUUGGACAGCAGCUGCAGCAGCAGUCACAGCAACAGCACCAACAGCAGCAGCAGCAGCAGCAGCUAGCAAAGCAGCAACAGCAACAGGAGCAGCAACAGCAACAACAACAGCAGCAGCAGCAGCAGCACCAGCCAUUGCAGCACCAGCAGCACCAGCAGCAGGAACAUCAGCAGCAGCUGCAGCAACAGCGGCAUCCGCAGCAGCAGCAACCGAAGCAGCAGCAUAGGCAGCAGGGGAGGGAUGGAGGGAAGGAGUGCUGCGGCUGAUGCUCCCUCGGCCUCAGCAUCAGCAGCGCAUGCUGCAAAGCCCGUCACUGCA